UUAAAUUGAUGAACAAAACAUCAAAUAUAUGUAUAAAACCAAACCACUAAACCAAUAACUAUGGUAGCCUCUUCUUUAUUCCUUUCUCCAUUUUUCAUUCUAACCUUGAGCAUUUUUCAACCCCAAUAUUGCACUAGGGUUCUUUCAUUGGCCACUCAACUUGAAAAUGACUUUAGUUACAUGAAGGUGGUGACCAACGCCACCAACCUACCACCGUACACGGCGGAGUAUGACUACAUUGUGAUCGGAGGAGGGACCGCCGGCUGCCCUCUAGCGGCAACUUUAUCAGCGAAUUACUCGGUCCUGGUCCUGGAAAGAGGCGGCGACCCAGAAACCUACCAAGACUUGUUUAGGGCGGAGAAUUUCGAGCAACAAAUGACAAAAGAAGACGAUGGAGAAGGCCCGGUGGAGAGGUUUAGGUCGGUAGAAGGGGUAGAAAAUGCUAGGGCACGGGUUCUCGGGGGAGGCAGCAUGAUCAACAUGGGAUUCUAUUCAAGAGGUGAGAAGGAGUUUUAUGAGAGAUUAAGAGGAGAAGGAGGGGUAGAGUGGGAGAUGGAUUUGGUUGAAAAGGCUUAUGAAUGGGUUGAAGAGAGUAUUGUGUAUGGAAGUGAGUUGUUAGAGUGGCAAAACACUAUGAAAGAGGCUUUGUUGGAAGGUGGAAUUGGGCCCUAUAAUGGGUUUAGUUUGGAUCAUAAGUUGGGAACUAAAUAUUCUGGUUCUAUAUUUGAUGAGUUUGGGGGUAGACAUGGUGCUGCAGAGCUUCUUAAUAAAGGGCAUUUUAGUAAUUUAAGAGUGGUUGUUUAUGCAACGGUUGAACAGAUCUUGUUCUCAGGUUUGACUGCGAAAGGAGUGAUCUUUAGAGACUCCAAAGGAAAAUCCCACAAAGCAUUUGUUCGAAACAAAGGAGAGAUCAUAUUAAGCGCUGGCACAAUCGGUAGCCCCCAACUCCUCCUCUUAAGCGGAAUUGGCCCAAUCUCAGACUUGUCAUAUUUAAAGAUUCCUAUUGUUCAACCCCAACCUCAUGUUGGAAAGUUCAUGGCUGAUAAUCCUCGUAACAACAUCAACAUAGUAAUGCCUUUCACACUCUACUCCUCGUACUUACAAAUAGUUGGAAUCACCCCAGAUUUCUACCUUGAAACCGCUUCUUUCAUGGCCCCAUUUACUUCACCAUUUGCUGCCAAACCUAGUAGCCUCACAGGAAACCUAACUUCUUCAUCCAUUGAUUUAAGUGUGGCAACUAUAUGCACCAAAGUCCCCGGACCGUCUUCUCAUGGAACACUCUCUUUGUCUUCGGCAUUGGAUGUCAAAGCCAUCCCUAACAUUCGUUUUAAUUACUUUUCUGAUCCGACAGACCUUGCUCGAUGUGUUAAGGCCAUGAGGAAAGUUGGCGAUUUGUUGAAGACUAAGUGCUUGGCUAAGUUUAAGUUUGAUAAAAAUAUUGAUGAUGUGUUAGGGUUUAAGUUUUUCGGUCCUUCAUUGCCAAUGGAUUACUCAUUAAGUAGUAAUGAUUCGUCGUUGGAAGAUCUUUGUCGGAGUACGGUGACAACAUGGUGGCAUUACCACGGCGGAUGCCUACCAGGCAAGGUGGUUGAUGGUGAUUUUCGUGUUAUUGGGAUUAAAGGGCUUCGAGUUGUGGAUGCAUCUGUUCUUAGUAGCUCACCGGGUACCAAUCCUCAAGCCACAAUUAUGAUGUUAGGCCGGUAUGUGGGACUUAGGAUGCUUAAGAACCAAAUAGAAGUAUUACAAUGUAUUUCAAAUACCUUUUCAUAAUUUUUAAAUUAUGAUAAAGUGUAAUCAAGUAAUCUUUAUAUAUUUCAAAUACCUUUUCAUUAUCUUUAAAUUAUGAUAAAGUGUAAUCAAGUAAUGUUUAUAUAUGUAUGAUUAUCCUGUAAUGAUCAAACUAAGUUAUUUAA